UUUAUUCUUCUUUUCCGGGCUCGAUUCCCUGUCUCGAUUGCCGGACGUUUGCUUCUUCUGGAAAGGCGAAAGCAUCGAUUCGUGGCGGGUCGCGUGCGCACUCCCCGCCCUUCCGAAGCGUCGCUGUCGCCCCCCCUUCCCCUCCUCUCGAGAAUCUUCUCCUCCGCUCCCCGCCGUCAUCCGCCGUCAUCCUCCUCCGAUCGCCGGCGAAGCCUCGAUCGUGGAGGGAUUCUUCUUGCCUCCCGCGGGCGGCUCGCUCGGGCGUCGUGCUCGCGCGUUACGGUCGCGUGGUUCUUUUCCUCUGAGAGAAGAGGAUUGCAGAAUAAAACAGCAGGGAUACUCUGGUUGGCACAGAAUUUGACGUGUUUCUGGACAGAAAAAGCGGAGCAAUGGCAGUUAGUUAUUACCAAAAUCAGGCUGAACAUCUGCUGAAGGAGUAUAUGCUUGCAGAUCCUUUCGUUCCUUACACAUCUGUUGUUGGUGGGAUUCUUGCUUGCAAAUUGGUUUAUGACCUCACGCAGUUGAUUAGCGCACUGAAUUUCAAGAGCUAUCCAAGCCUUUCUUACAUGAAGCGCGUUGAGUGGAAUAAUCGGGCCAUAUCAACUGUUCAUGCGAUUUUCAUCACUGUUCUAUCGCUGUAUUUGGUGUUCUGGUCAGAUUUAUUUGCUGAUUACCAACUUAAUGACCUCAUUACAUAUCGAAGUUCUUCGCUAUCCACCUCCAUACUAGGGGCUUCUGUUGGAUACUUUCUCACCGACCUUGGGAUGAUAUUCUGGUUUUAUCCAUUGCUAGGUGGCAUGGAGUAUGUAAUUCAUCAUCUCCUAUCAAUAGCAUCGUUGGCAUAUGCUAUGUUAACCAGUGAGGGACAAGUCUACACCUUUAUGGUUCUCAUCUCUGAGACAACAACCCCUGGAAUCAAUUUGAGAUGGUACCUUGACACGGUUGGAAUGAAGAAGUCUAAAGCAUAUCUUAUCAAUGGAGUUGUCGUUUUCUUAUCUUGGCUGGUUGCCAGAAUUCUUCUGUUUGUCUACAUAUUUUACCAUGUCUACUUGCACUUAGACCAGGUCAACCAGCUGCAAGUGUUUGGGAAACUCUUGGUGUUUGUUGUACCAUUGGCACUAACUGUGAUGAACUUGUUGUGGUUUGGAAAGAUCAUCAAGGGAUUGAAGAAGACUAUAGCAAAGAGGCAGUAAAAGGGGUGUAAGGUUUUCUGCAGGUCAUUAGAGAAAUAUAGUUGAUCGACUCAUGUUCAACAUCCCCUUGUGUAGAAAAGUAAGGGAAAGAUGAAAAAUGUUCAGGACCCCUUAAGGUUAGAUGGAGAAAUUUGGACAAUGGGCUUGCUUGUAAGUUGUAACAGCAUCUCCGGUGUCUGAAGUUUUUUAUCGUAUGGUUGUAUCCUGAACUCCACUCCUAAACCAAUGUAUAUAAGUGUAAAUUGCUUAUCUAUUUGGAUUUAAAUGGAGAUAAAGUUGCUGGAGAAGCAAUUACUGGUGA